AUGGGUUAUGAAGACGAUCCGUAUCGUGACGAGGAUGGAGAACCGUUGGUGGACUACGACGAGAUUCAAUCAGAUGACGGAGGACAAUCACCGGAACCACACCAGAAUCGUAUUUUAGACGAAUUAGAAGAUGAUAUUGACAAUUGGGAGAGACAGAGGUCACAAACUCCGGUGUACGAUACGGACAAAGUAGGAAAACCUCGAAAAAGAUUAGUUAAAAAAGGCGGCGAUUCAGGGAAAGAGAGUGGGAGUAGUAAUUAUGUGCCGCCGGAGUUGGUUGAUGACUAUGAGGAGGAUUAUGGAGGGUUCGAGAGGGAAGGAUCGGUUGGAGAUGGGAAGUAUACCAAGAAAUUUGCGAAGGACAAGGAGAGGAAGAAGUUUGGUAGAGGGGAGAAGAAAUUUGGAGGGAAAGGAAGUAGUGGGUCGAAACCGGGGUUGAAAAAAGGAAUAACUACGAAAUUGGUGGCUGGAAAGGAUGAUGGCGAAGUUAAAGAGAUGUGGGAUACUAUUGCUGGUGGAGAUUCUGAGGAUGAUCAAGAAGGUGCUAGGACUAUAGAUGAUGACAACUUCAUAGAUGACAGUGGUGUAGAUCCUGCUGAUCGGUAUGACGCUGAACAUGAACCACACUCUCCUACUGAUGCUCCUCAGGCAGAGGAAGGUGAAGAGGAUGAGGAAAUCAAGGACCUCUUCAAGAUGGGUAAGAAAAGGAAGAAGAAUGAGAAAAGUCCUGCAGAAAUUGCAUUAUUAGUCGAGAAUGUCAUGGCUGAGCUUGAGGUCACUGCUGAAGAAGAUGCAGACCUCAACAGGCAGGGGAAACCUGCUGUUAAUAAACUCAAGAAGUUGCCGCUUCUUACUGAGGUUCUCUCAAAGAAGCAGCUCCAACAGGAGUUCAUAGAUCAUGGAGUACUAACGUUAUUAAAAAAUUGGCUAGAACCCCUUCCAGAUGGAAGUUUACCCAAUAUAAAUAUCCGUGCUGCAAUUUUGAGGAUUUUGACUGAUUUUCCAAUUGAUCUGGAGCAGUAUGAUAGAAGAGAACAAUUGAAGAAAAGCGGUCUUGGAAAGGUUAUUAUGUUUUUAUCAAAAUCUGAUGAGGAAACCACAUCCAACAGAAAACUUGCUAAGGAUUUGGUUGAUAAAUGGAGUCGGCCAAUAUUUAAUAAGAGCACAAGGUUUGAGGACAUGAGAAAUGUUGACGAUGAUCGGGCUUUCAGAAGGCCAACGGUUAGAAGGCCUGCAAAUAAUUCUGCUGGAAUGGAAUCUAGAGAUGGAGAUCUUGACUUGGAUAUUUCACUGGAACGGAGGUCUAGUCAAUCAUCAGACAGACAACAUGCAUCCAGGCCAGAAGCGACCCCAUUGGAUUUUGUGGUGCGUCCCCAAUCUAAGGUUGAUCCGGAAGAAGUUAGGGCCCGUGCUAAACAAGUGGUUCAAGAUCAGCGUCGUCUAAAGAUGAAUAAAAAGUUACAGCAGUUAAAGGGACCGAAAAAGAAGCAAUUGCAAGCUACAAAGCUUAGUGUGGAAGGUCGCGGAAUGGUCAAAUACUUGUGA